AAAAAAAGGACAGAUAAUGGGCGGCAUGAAAGUUGUAUCUUUUGCUCUUCUCGUUGUUCUUCUCUUGUGUGUCGAUGUUGAGGUAGCAAGGGGUAACUCCUUGUGUUGCAACACUCAUCCAGAGUUUGGGAAAUGCGACACAAAGGAUGAGGAGGGAAAGUGCAACCAAUGGUGUCUGAAGGGAUGCAGCAAUGGCAAGGGAGGUUGGUGUAAGCCUCUCCCUCGUGGCAAACAAUGCCAUUGCUAUUGUUAGAACAAUCUACAUAUAUAUCGGCAUUCUCUCUUUCCGGUUUUUUAUUUAUAUAUGAGGCUAUAUAUAUAUAUAUAU